AUGCCUGAGUCGGCGGCUGCAGCAAAGAGCGCUGCGUCCCGAAAGGCAUCGAAACAGUCGCUUAACAAAGUCAGCAAGAAGCCGCCCAAGAAGCGAAAGAAGACUCGCAAACAGAGCUAUUCGACCUAUGUGUACCGGGUGCUGACCCAGGUCCAUCCUUCUACAAGAAUUUCAUCUAAGGCCAUGAAUGUCAUGAACUCGUUCGUCAUCGACAUCUUUGAGCGCAUCGCCUCCGAGGCUUCGCACCUGAUUCACUACAACAAGCGCCAGACCAUAUCGGCCAGAGAAAUUCAGAGCGCCGUCCGCCUAAUGUUACCGGGCGAGCUAGCCAAGCACGCCGUGUCUGAAGGCACAAAAGCGGUCACCAAAUACACCAGUUCCGCUUAG